AUGAACAAGUUUUGUGCUUUGUUAAUUGUCGCUUUUCUAAGCAGCGUGGCGUGUAGAAGAUUAGCGCGGCAGACAACAGAAGAAUUAGAUGACAGAUACGGCUUUAACCAGCCAUGGCAAAGACCUCAGAACCCAUGGAUGAGGCCCAAUCAGCCGUGGAUGCGGCCCAGUGACCCUUGGGGCAGACCCAUGAACCCAAUGGAUCCUUUCCCCAAUCCUAAUCCAAUCCCCACAGCACCAACGCCGGCCCCCACACAGGCACCUGGCGGGUCUACGACAGAAUCCCCUGAUGUUCUAGCCUGUCAGCGGAACUGUCCAGGAACACCUGAGUACAAUCCAGUAUGUGGCUCCAAUGGUAAAGAUUACGACAACCCUGGCCGACUUUACUGUGCCCAGAUGUGUGGAAUUUCUGUGACGAUGCUACGACAAUCAAAGUGCCCCACAACGCCAGCUCCUACCAUAUAG